GCCAAAGUUAAAAGACGCGAUAGCUUAAAUAAAUUAUGUAAAAAAUUCUCUGCCAUUAUAAAUCACGGACUAAUCCAACCUCAGUUAAUCCAAAAGAUCACGAUCUAUCGAUAAGAUAAGAAAUAAAUGUGUUAAAUAUUCGCUUUCUAUUGUUACUUUAUUUUUUUUAUCUACCAACUAUCCCGAUAAUGACCCGCCAUCACGUACGAAUCUUUAUACUACAGUUGCACAAACUCACGUUCAAUCAAUACAUUUAUCUGAAUCUGCAUUUUUCGUUGUAAGAUCAACAAAUGCCAUGCAUUAUAUAUUGUUAAUUAGAGACGUUAAAUUCAUUACAUGUUGAUAAGUCAUCCUGGUGAUAUCUAAGAGCGAGAACAUAUUUUUAAGGUUGAUUUAGACUUAAGUACCGGUACCAUUUCUAAAAAAUGGGUAAUCUAGGCAAAUGGGUAUUGGUAUUCGUUAGCCUGAGCUUAGCCGUGUCCACCGAUGGCUGGAGGAAACUAAAACGGAGUCAGGACCAGAGCAUUAGAGCAACUGAAGAACAAUAUGAUGAGGAUACCGGCGAACUAGAGCCGUGUCAGUGCGGCGUGUUCAUGUCUCUGCAGGUAGGUGUGCGGGAGGGGCGACGAGGGCGACCGCGGGGCCCCCCGACCGGGGAGCCGGUGGUGACAUACGACACCGACGCACCCAGUCUGCCUUGCAGCAGUGGCCACAAGCACUGCAUCAGCAAGUGUCUUGAUGUGAUAUUAAAAUAUUUACCGAAAGCCGGUCCUGUGAUAUGCGGUGCGGUAGAAAGAGAUGUUCACAGAGAGAAGGCUUUCCUUUUCAUCAAGAAUUGCGGCGAUGAAUGGACUCCAACUCAUUUCUCUGCUGGCAAAGAGUUCUGCUGCAAAGAUGGACAGCAUAUUAAAUGCUAAGAUGACACGUUUUAGUGAUAAAAAAGUGAACUAGAAGUUAAAGGGA